AUGGCUGAGUUCCCCUGUCCCCUCGAGCGCACAGUUGCUUCCGCUCUGCUCCUCCUCUCAGCUAUACCUCCCUCUCCCUCCCUCGUCUCUCCCCCACUGAUCGGUUCCGAGGACCAGUGGCUAAAAGAUGGAAGGAAAACAAAGAGUUACAGGGAGAGCUUGCUGCUAAGCGACUCAACUGCCGUGUCGCUCAAGAACGAGUCACGCACUGUUUCUAUGUCCUGCACUUCCUCUCUCACCAGCGAGGGAUCUUCGGAGGAUAUUAUAGCGUGUAGGAUGAGGAUGAUCGCCGUAAUGACUCGCCGCCAUGAAAUGAAGCUCAAGGUUGAUCUCGCUUCUGCCCUUGCCGCAAUCGUACGGAAGAGCCGCUCGAAAAUUCACUACAGCUCCUGUGACCAGGAAAUCAGCUCAGCCGAGAAGGUGAAGAUGUCCUCGGCAUCCGUUUCCACGGAUGCGUCGUACUUAUCAAGCAGCUCGAGCCCGCUAUCAAGCGGGCGAAGCCAUAGAAGCGGCUACGUUACCAGAGGUGAGAAAACUCAGAAAAGGCUUGCGACUACACGCGAGGAGAUCAGGAGGAAGCACGUCGGCUCAGUUCACAUGCGCCGCAGAUCCGAAGACAUUUUGAAGUUGCUCUCCGGCGGUUGUUCCUCUGAACUGAAGAUACGUCAACUUCUCGGCGAUAGCCCCGAUACAAGCAAGGCCCUCAGAAUGUUGUUAAAGCUCGAAGAGGUGAAAAGGUCAGGUACAGGAGGGCGUCGAGACCCCUAUAUUUACAAGGUGUUUGCUCGUUCUCCUCAAUAUUCCAGCACCAUCUAA